UUUUCCCAAAGGACACUGACAUGGAAAAACAAAGCUUGAUACGGAUUUGGAUGGCCCAGGGAUUGAUUAAUGAUGCCAAGGGAGGUCAUUUGCAAAUGGAGGAUGUAGGCAGUGACUAUUUCAACAUAUUGCUUCGGAGUUCUUUGUUGCAAGAUACUUCUGAGAAUUCCAUUAACGGAAUCAAACGCUGCCGGAUGCACGACCUUGUGCAUGAUCUUUCAUUGCAAGUGUCAAAUAAUUGUCUCUUAAAUACAGAGGAUGGCAUGGUAGUCAGUCAUGAUGAUGAAGUAUUGCAUUUGACCAUCAUUCUGAGUCGAGGGAUGGUGUUAAAGAAUAUCAAAGGGAUACCUCCAAAUUUGCAAACGCUUUAUCUUGUGGGUCAUGGUAUUUUGUUCGAAGACAUCUUGGAAACAUCUAGAUAUCUUUGUGUGUUAAUAGUAGAUUGCUGGGAUGCUACUCAUCUCCCGAAUGCAGUUGGUAAUAUGAAACAUUUAAGAUAUCUUGAUAUCAGUAAAACUCGUAUCAUCACUCUGCCAGAUUCCAUCACAAAGCUCUACAAUUUGAUGACCUUGAAAGUAGUUUACUUGACAGAGAUACCUAAGAAGUUUAGCAAUUUAAUUAACUUGAGGCAUCUCGAGUUUUCCGAGUUUCAUUUGCAGACCCGAUGUUUGUUCCCGGGAAUUGGGCAGCUGGCUAAUCUUCGGACAUUGCCCCAUUUCGUGGUAAGCCAAGACAAGGGAUGUCAACUUGAGGAGUUGGAACACUUGCGCAACCUCCGAGACAAGUUAGAAAUAUUUGGACUUGAGAAUGUGAGCAGCUUUGAAUCAGCAGCAAAAGCAAAGUUGUCCGAAAAAUCAAGCAUUCAAGGUUUAAGACUUUCAUGGAAUGACAGGAGCGAAGAUUGUGACGACAACAAUAUCAAUACUGUCAUGGAAGGUCUUCAACCUCACCCAAACUUGAAAAGUUUAGCCAUUAACGGUUUCAAAGGUUCAAGGUUUCCGUCGUGGAUGGUGGCAAAGGAUCAUUUGAUACUUCGGAAUCUGGUACGCCUCAGGUUGGAGAAAUUGGGUAAGUGUGAACAAGUACCACCACUAGGGGACUUGCCUUGUCUCGAGUCCUUAGCGAUGUUCUCCUUACACAAUGUGAAGUGCAUUGGGGCUGAAUUCUAUGGUCUUGAACAUCUCGAUAUUAAUGCAAGGAGCAGCAGUUGUAGUAGCAGUAGCAGUAGCAGAGCGGUGAAACCAAUCACUCUGUUUCCGAAACUAUGGCGUUUUGAGUUGGAGGGCAUGGGAAGUCUAGAGGAGUGGUCAGAUGCAAUGGUUCCCUCGGAUUCUUCUUCAUCAAUUAAGGUAUUCCCUAAUCUCCGGGACUUGAGAAUCCAAAGGCUCCCCAAGUUGGCAGUUUUACCGGAUAUGGAGAACUUGACAUCUCUUAAAUCCUUACACUUAUGGGAUUGCGGAAGUUUGUCUUGUAUAAGGAAUUUGAAUAGCCUUACAUCUCUUGAAUCCUUAGCCGUAGCAGACUGCCCUGCUUUAGAUGCUUCUCUGGACAUGAAAAACCCCCAAUCCCUACGUACUCUAACCAUCUUAGGAUGUGAUAACUUGAAUCCUUCAUUGAGUAAUAAUCUUGAGAAGUUCACAUCGCUUGAGUGGUUGUGGAUCCGUUCUCAUGGCCCUGGUUGUUGGGCAAAGGGUCUACACCAUCUAGCCAACCUCCACAAGUUGGACCUCGGUGGUUUCUCUGAUGACCUUGAUCAUUUCCCGUGGCCAGACUCCAUCACCAACGUUGCCAGCGGUGCCAAGAAUGAUGCUGAUUCUGCAAAACAACAUCUCGUCUCUCUGGAGCGUCUUGAAUUGCGUGGAUGGCCAAAAAUCUCGUCUCUCCCAGACCAAAUUCAGCAUCUCUCUACCUUGAGAACCUUAAAGAUACGGGAGUUUGAGGGGUUGGAAGUUCUUCCAGAGUGGAUAGGUAGCCUUCGGAAUCUCCGAGGAUUGUGGAUUGCUCACUGCUCUAACCUCAGACAAUUACCCUCUGCAGAAGCAAUACGACACCUCACCAAUUUAAAUCGACUAGUUAUCCACUACUGUCCUCUUUUAGCAGAGAGAUGCACCAAAAGAAGUGGCGCAGAGUGGCUCAAAAUUGCACAUAUUCCCGAUAUUGGUAUCUAUCCGUUCAACAAAGUUUGACCCGUUUCGCGUUCGGGAAACAAACCCCUCCCCCCAACCUUGGUCAGAAUCAAGGCAAUUUAUUCAUCGUCUUCCAUGUUGUGAAAAGAAAAUGCUCAUCCAUCACAAAAAAGAGCAGUUUUCUCAAGCUGCCUUAUGGAUGCCAGAUGUCUGCUGAUUGUCUCAUUUAUUCUUGGAUUUACCUGCUUUCCCCUUUGAGGUGCAUUUCUGUUUCUGUUUCAAGCUGUAACUUAUGAAGAUGGACACGAAUCAGAAAAUGAAG